ACUGCUCUGGAGGGGGAAAUAAUUCCGACAUGCCUGCCGUGCUUGGAUACUGGGACAUUCGAGGGCUAGCACAGCCAGCCAGACUGUUGCUACAUUAUGUAGGGCAAGAAUUUGAAGACAAACGCUACGAGACCGGACCAGCACCUGACUUCAACAAAGAUUCCUGGAAUAAUGAGAAGUUUUCACUGGGACUCCCUUUUCCGAAUCUCCCAUACUUUAAAGACGGAGACACUAAGAUAGUCCAGAGCAAUGCCAUUAUGAGAUCGAUUGCACGAAAACAUAACCUUUGUGGUACGACGGAAGACGAAAUGGUGAAGUGCGACAUUAUGGAGAACCAGUCGAUGGAUUUCAGAAAUGGUUUCGUCAGAUUAUGCUACAGUCCGGACUACGAAACUCUGCGACCAGAAUACCUGAAGUCUCUUCCAGCUACGCUGAAGCUAUUGUCAGACUUCUUGGGUGAAAAUCCAUGGUUUGCCGGAAAAAACUUAACAUUUGUGGACUUCAUCAUGUAUGAACUGUUGGACCAACACCGACUGUUUGAACCUACAUGUCUUGACGAUUACAAGAACAUGAGGGAUUUCCUCGACAGAUUUGAGGCUCUACCUGCUAUUAAAAAAUACAUGAAAUCCGAGCAAUUUAGCAAAUGGCCUGUGAACAAUAAGAUGGCAAAAUGGGGUGGAAAUUAAGACAUCACUCUCUGUACAUUCUUCUUAUUCAGAAUUUGUUGAGACUUUCUUAAACCAAGUUCAGAACCUUGCUAUUUUCAAUAAGCAGUCAAUACUUUUUUCAUUAAUUCCGUCGGAAUUAAUCAUGUUCUCUUAUUGCUUUAAAGGACCAAACGGUUUUCAAGACAAUUUAUUUAACUUGCUAUUUGAUGGACUCUCGCCUUUGAUUUCUAUACUUCAUGCUCGUGAUCACGAGCUCAAUGAUUAAUAGAUGUCAGAACUCUAAUAAGGAAAUAAGGAAGCAGUUUAUGUAGACGUGUUCCUUCAAUGGACAACCUAUUGUAUUUGAUAUUUUAAAAAUGCAAACAAAUGA